CAAGCUACAGGGUCAUCACGAUUACAUCGAGCACCAACGGGCUUACAUGUGGAUGUGAUGAUGGAAGUGGAUGUUAAUGAAUCGGUAAAGGUUGAAAUUAGAUUGGAGAAUAAAGUAGAGGUCUUUGUUAUUGUAUUAACAUUUGUUGGACAUGGCAUAAAAACAGUUGGAUCACAAAAGACGAUCUUUUCACAUUUUUUAUGA